AGCCUUCUUCUACCGAAGAAUCUACUACCGAUGGGCCGACCACCACCGUAGAGCCUGCUUCUACCGAAGGAUCUACUACCGAUGGGCCUACUACCACCGAAGAGCCUACUCCUACCGAAGAGCCUGCUUCUACCGAAGAAUCUACUACCGAUGGGCCGACCACCACCGUAGAGCCUGCUUCUACCGAAGGAUCUACUACCGAUGGGCCUACUACCACCGAAGAGCCUACUCCUACCGAAGAGCCUGCUUCUACCGAAGAAUCUACUACCGAUGGAUCUACUUCCACGGAAGAGCCCACUCCUACUGAAGAGCCUUCUUCUACCGAAGAACCUACUACCGAUGAAUCUUCUUCCACCGAAGAGCCUACUCCUACUGAAGAGCCUCCUGCUUCUACCGAUGAAUCUACAACCGAUGGGCCUACUACCACCGAAGAGCCUACUCCUACUGAAGAGCCUGCUUCUACCGAAGAAUCUACUACCGAUGGACCUACAACUACCGAAGAGCCUACUCCUACUGAAGAGCCUGCUUCUACCGAAGAAUCUACUACCGAUGGGCCUACUUCCACUGAAGAGCCUGCUUCUACCGAUGAAUCUACAACCGAUGGGCCUACUACCACCGAAGAGCCUACUCCUACUGAAGAGCCUGCUUCUACCGAACAAUCUACUACCGAUGAGCCUACUACCACCGAAAAGCCUACUCCUACUGAGGAGCCUGCUUCUACCGAAGAAUCUACUACCGAUGGACCUACAACUACCGAAGAGCCUACUCCUACUGAAGAGCCUGCUUCUACUGAAGAAACUACUACCGAUGGGCCUACCACCACCGAAGAGCUUACUACUACUGAAGAGCCCGCUCAUACCGAAGAAUCUACUACCGAUGGACCUACAACUACCGAAGAGCCUACUCCUACUGAAGAGCCUGCUUCUACUGAAGAAACUACUACCGAUGGGCCUACCACCACCGAAGAGCUUACUACUACUGAAGAGCCCCUUACUACUACUGAAGACCCUGCUCCUACCGAAGAAUCUACUACCGAUGGGCCUACUUCCACUGAAGAGCCUGCUUCUACCGAAGAAUCUACUACCGAUGGACCUACAACUACCGAAGAGCCUACUCCUACUGAAGAGCCUGCUUCUACUGAAGAAACUACUACCGAUGGGCCUACCACCACCGAAGAGCUUACUACUACUGAAGAGCCCGCUCAUACCGAAGAAUCUACUACCGAUGGGCCUACUACCACCGAGGAGCCU